UUCCGCUGUUUUUAUUUAUGUUUUCGCUUGUCCAGAACGAGUCUUUUUCGGUUCGCGGUGCGCGGAGAACUGUACAAAGUCGUGAUGGGCCGCUAUACUAUAGAUUUGUAACUGCUCUUCAACGACGAAAUGCUUUUCAAACUGGUUAUUUGGUUAAUACUCGUAGUUUGUGUGGUCGAACGGAAUCCGGCUGAAGCCAAUGAAUACUACACUUGCGAUUCACUUUCUGAAAAAUGUGUAUUAUUUCAUGCCUGCAUUCAUGCAAAGCAUAAAGGGUAUUUCAAAAUUUGUGCUAGUAACUCCAUUUGCUGUCGGGUUCCAAAACAACCGAAAGCAGACACUCGGUCCUCAAGAGCAUGUCUAAGCUACGCGAGUAACACGACUUUUUGUCCGAGGCAUUUGUUUAUAUCGCAUUCGCAAGAAUCAUAUCGAAAUGAAUUACAAUACAUGGCGCAUAUAGGUCUGACGAACCCAAGAGCCUGGAUUUGCGGCGGCACCCUGAUACAUAGUAAAUUUGUUCUUACCGCGGCCCACUGUGUCAUUCUUGAGCGGGCUGUUGGUACGGAAGAGCCAGAUUUUUUGGUGCGCCUAGGAGGUCACAAUAGCACUGACGGCGCAAUAUAUGAAGUAGCUGAAAAAAUCCCGCACCCCGACUAUAAAGAAGAAGACGGGACAAAAAACGAUAUAGCUUUAUUGAAAUUGACUAAAACAGUCGUCUUUAAUGACCAAGUAAAGCCAGCCUGCUUACCAACAACUAGUGGACAAGAGCAUGCGAAGAUGACAGUCUCUGGAUGGGGAUUAUAUAGCAGCUACGAACCCAAUAAAUCAGCCCCUCAGUUGCGCAAGGCUGACGUAAUACUGUUUAAAUAUGCCGAAUGCAAUGAAGAAAAUGAAGUGCUACAGGAAAUGAAGAUUUGCGCUGGUGGAGAGAACGAUGCAAGCGAUUCAUGCCAGGGAGAUUCGGGAGGACCACUGGCCAUAUGGCAUCCGGAAUGGGGCUCGUGCCUGGGACAGGUAUUCGGCAUUGUUUCUGAAGGAUCGUUUUGUGAUACUAAAUCUCCACGGACGAUUUACACUAGAGUUUUUUAUUAUCUUCAAUGGAUUGAAGACAUAGUAUGGAAGACCAGAGAAGAAACUGAACUAAACAUUACGAUUCGCUAACGAAUGCAUUACCUUGUCAGCGGCAGAGUGGAAAUAAAAAGAAAUACACAGAACCUCUGCAGGCACUUUCCGUAAAAUAAAUAAUUAUGCUGAUUUUUCUGAUACUUUAACAUUUUCAUCAACAACAC